CCUUUUUCCUCCCGAGUCAAUCGUUGACCCGAGGGCCGGAGCCGCUCCGCACCUGCGCCUUAGGAGGGAGCCGGGCGGGCGCAGAAGUAGUGAUGCGGAAGCCAGUGGGCAAUUCGUGGAUAGUGGCCGGCGUGCUGCUGGCGUUAGUCCUCGGAACGGCGCAGUCGGCGCGAGGGGCUCCGCCCCGCUACACCCCGGACUGGCUGAGCCUGGACUCCCGGCCGCUGCCGGCCUGGUUCGACGAGGCCAAGUUCGGGGUGUUUGUGCACUGGGGCGUGUUCUCGGUGCCGGCCUGGGGUAGCGAGUGGUUCUGGUGGCACUGGCAGGGCGAGGGCCAGCUCGGGUACCAGCUUUUCAUGCGCGACAACUACCCGCCCAGCUUCACCUACGGCGACUUCGGGCCGCAGUUCACGGCGCGCUUCUUCCACCCCGACGAGUGGGCCAAGCUCUUCCAGGCCGCGGGGGCCCAUUUUGACAUCCACAGGUAUGUGGUCUUCACCACAAAACAUCAUGAAGGCUUCACAAACUGGCCCAGUCCAGUGUCUUGGAACUGGAACUCCAAGGACGUGGGCCCCCAUCGCGAUUUGGUGGGUGAGCUGGGAGCAGCUCUUCGGAAGAGGAACAUACGCUAUGGUCUCUAUCACUCACUCUUAGAGUGGUUCCAUCCACUAUACCUACUUGAUAAGAAAAAUGGCUUUAAAACUCAGCAUUUUGUCAGUACCAAAACAAUGCCAGAGCUGUAUGACCUUGUUAACAGCUACAAGCCUGACCUCAUCUGGUCUGAUGGGGAGUGGGAAUGUCCUGAUACUUACUGGAACUCCACCCAUUUUCUUGCUUGGCUGUACAAUGAUAGCCCUAUCAAGGAUGAGGUGGUAGUAAAUGACCGAUGGGGAAAGAACUGUUCCUGUCACCAUGGAGGGUACUACAACUGCCAAGACAAAUUUGUGCCCGAGAGCUUGCCCAACCACAAGUGGGAGAUGUGCACCAGCCUGGACAAGUGGUCCUGGGGCUACCGGCGCGACAUGAAGUUGGCCGAUGUCUUGAGCGAGUCUGAAAUCAUUGCGGAACUGGUUCAGACUGUAAGUCUGGGAGGCAACUAUCUUCUCAACAUCGGACCUACUAAAGAUGGCCUGAUCAUUCCCAUCUUCCAAGAAAGGCUCCUCGCUGUUGGCAAGUGGCUGCAAGUCAGCGGGGAGGCCAUCUAUGCCAGCAAGCCGUGGAGGGUGCAGCUGGAGAAGAACGAGACCUCUGUGUGGUAUACUUCAAAAGACUCAGCUGUUUAUGCCAUUUUUCUACAGUGGCCAGAAGGUGAAGUUUUGUAUCUUAAAUCCCCCAAAGCUACCUCAACUACAAGGGUAACCAUGCUGGGACUCGAGGGAGAUCUGAAGUGGUCCAAAGAUGCAUAUGAAGAUCUCCGAAUCUCUCUGCCUCAGUUGCCUCCCUCUGCGCUCCCAGUAGAGUUUGCCUGGACUGUGAAGCUGGAGGGAGUGAAGUGAGCCAGAGCUUAGGAGGAGAGAGGCGCUGCUUUGAUUUCCCUCUCACAGAGCCCGAAUCACAAUAAAGCCACCUUCUUUCCCCACCCUGAAAUGGCCUUUCCACCAGACUUUAGUCCAGAAAACUGAGUGCAUCACACUGAUGACUAAUGGAGCAAACACCUAAGAGCCAUUGCUAGUGUGUUUCCCUGUGGUCAGAUAAAGAAGGGACUGAAAGGUUAAACCGAGUUCUGCACCCUGACGGUGGGGGCCGGGCGGUCUACAGUGGAGACUCCCUCCAUUCUCUGUUCUGUCACCUUCCUGCCAGCUCCGUGACUUUAGAUGAAGAAUAAGCCAGGUUACCCUGUGCCUGUGGGAGGGGUGGAGGGAGUCUGGAGUGUACCACGUGCGUGCUCCGUUUGAUGUGAGUUGUCCCAAACUGCUCCUGCAAAGUUGAAAGCCUAGAGCAGAGGGAGAAGCUUUUUGAGUCGCUACUGGUCCCUCUUCAGAAGCUUCUAAUGGCAAACUAAGAUCUCUGAAAUAGAGCAUGUUUACAGUGGAACUGUGAAGACAGUGCCAUCCUACCCUGCCUUUUUAAAUAUGAUCAAAUAAAUCUGUAAGUCUAAUUAUUUCUAA